AUAAUCUAAUAUUCUAUUUUCCAAGCAGCAAUUAUAUACAAACAUUAAUGAAUAAUAUGUUAAAUAGUGAUUGUUUAGAGUUUUCUACUGUCUACUGUCUGUAGUGUCUAUAGUGUAUAAUAGUCAACAAGCUAUUUAUUAAUUGUUACUUGUCACUUUUCUUUGUUAGUUAUCACUUUAUCAGUUAUCGGCUUAUCGUUGUUGCCUGUUCAUUGUUCAACUUUUGGCAGUUUCUCAGUUUCGAGUUGUUCUAAAACCUGAAGAUCUUACUUCUUGUUUCACUUGUCGAUUCAUUGUUCACAGUUUUGAGUAGAAGUAGAAAUAACAUAUUACUUCAACUUAAUAGUAUUGACAUUGACUGUUUGUCACAGAAAUACGAUUCUUCAUAGCUCUCUGUUGGAUGUCGAAAACUUGGCAUCUUUUAAUAAUUUCUUUUUAUGGUUUCCAGUUUAACCUACUAGGUAUUAUCCAUGUAGUAAACUUUAAAAGUCGAUCAUAACUUAAAUCUUUGUUUGCCUAGUAAUUAAUCAAUUUAUUUUAUAUUGAUUAAACAUUAACUUUAAAAUUAUCAUGAACAGUAACUUUAAAGUUUGCCAUACUAUUUCUGAUGUGAAAUCGGCGAUUUCACAUGAAAAUAAUUCAUUUGAUGUUUACAUUGAAUCUGAAUUGCCUAAAACGAUGAAAACUGAGCAAUAUAUUUUGGGAAUUGAUGAAGCUGGUCGUGGCCCUGUCCUUGGUCCAAUGGUAUAUGGUACAUCUUACUGUUCAGUAGAUAAUCAAGCUAUAUUAAAAUCAUUAGGAUGUGCCGAUUCUAAAGUUUUGUCUGAACAAGCUCGAGAUGAAAUCUUUGAUGGAAUAACCAAACAGUCUGAAAUACUUGGAUGGGCUGUACACAUUAUAUCACCAACUACAAUAAGCAAUUGUAGCUUUAGAAGGCAAAAGUGUUCUUUGAACGAAAUUUCACAUAAUGCUGCUAUUGGUUUAAUACAGCGAGUUUUGGAUAGAGGAGUAAAUAUUUGUGAAGUGUUUGUUGAUACUGUUGGACCCCCUGAUAAGUACCAAGAAAAAUUAUUAUCAAUAUUCCCUCAAUUAAAAAUAACAGUUUCUAAAAAAGCUGAUUCUUUGUUUCCAAUUGUAAGUGCUGCUAGUAUUUGCGCCAAAGUAACUCGUGACGCAGCAUUAAAAAACUGGAAAUUUAUUGAAAGACCUGGAGAAGAUAUUGAUUCUAAUUGGGGAAGCGGUUAUCCAAAUGAUCCCGUGACAAAAGAAUACUUAAAAAAAAACAUAGAUCCAAUAUUUGGAUUUCCUAGUAUUGUAAGAUUUUCUUGGUCUACAGCAGAAUUAGUAUUAAAAAAUAAUGCAGCACAAAUAGACUGGUCUGAUGAAGAAGAGGACGAAGAUAAAAAAUCAUUACCUAUAACAUCAUUUUUUGGUCAAAAUAGUAAACGAAUUCAACAAAAAACGCCUUUUUUUGAUGAUAGAAGUUUAAUAGUUACAACUAAAUUUUAGUAAAUAAUAAAUCAUUGUUUUAUAUUUAUUCAUUUAAUCUAAACAAUUGUAAUAGUUAUUAAUGUAUAUUUUCAACUUUUAUAGUGUUUACAAUAUUU